ACUUUAAAACCCUAAAAUUCGGCGGUGUAUUUUUUGGUCUCCCAACUUGACUGGGGGACUGAUAAAUUCUUCCUUAAACCCUAAAAUCGUUGGUGAGAGAGGGCGAUGAAGACAAUCACCGGAAAUGUGGUUUCUUCGAAGCCAAUCUCCCUUUCCAAAGCGGCGUCCACUCUCUCCUCCUUUCUCUCCGUCGAUAACGGCGCUUCGAAAGCGCUCUGUGCCUACCUGAGACGCGCCUCCGCCUCCUUCAACGAGUUAAAGCAGCUUCAUAAGGACCUCAAGUCUUCGCGGUCCGAUCGGAAUCCCCGAUAUCACGGAUUCGAGGUUUCAAGUGGUUUAGAGGCUGCUGUAGAUAGUUCACAUCGGAUUGAAAACGGUGAGAGGAUCAAAUCUUCUGUAUCUGAGAGUAAAAGCGGGAAGAAGCGGCGGGAGAGUAGGGAUCUGAAUGAGGACGAGCAGGAUGGGAAAACAGCAAUGGCAAGCGGUGGGAAUGUUGAUUUUGAGAAUGUAGUGGGUGAAGAUGGAAAGAGAAAGAGCGACGAAUUGAAGUCUGAAAUUGAAGGUAAACCUAGCCGAAGAGUCGAGGUCGAUUUGAAAUCAAGCGAUAGAGAUGAGAGCGUUGUAGCAAUUGAGAAGAAAAAAAAGCACAAGAAAAAGAGCAAGGAUGGAGAAGAUGAACGUGAUGCUGAAGUCGGGCAAAGUUACGGGAAAUCGCAAACUAGUGCUAAUAAUGGCGAGACUGAAGAUUUCGUUGAGAACAAUGUAGCAAGGGAAAAAGAUAGAAAAAAGAGGCAUAAGGACAAGAAUACUUUGGGUGAUGAGAAGGAUGAAAAGAGGACAAAGAAGGACAUUGAUGAUGAAACAGGUCUUGUGGAGCUGUCGACUAAGGAUAAGAAGAAGAAGAAGAAAAAGAAGAAGAAGAACAGGGAAGAAGAUGCGGACGUUCUUCAAAAUAACAGUGGAGAGGCUAUAGAGAAAGAAAAUAAAAAGAGGAAAAAUGGAGACUUGGAAGAAGGGGUAGAUGAUGGUUCAGAGGAGCAGCAGGGUACAAAGAGAAGGAAAAGAAAGUCAUGAGACAAGCAAGGAUGAACAUGUAACUCAUUAUUUGUUAGGAGUUGAGGAAGUCUCUGUAUUGGAAGAUUCCAUGUGCUCACAGCUUAUUGGAAAGUCUGUUUACUAAUUGCUAUCAAUGCCCAUUGAUCUCCGAUGUUUAUUGCAAGAAGCAAACAACAACUGCGUGGAAGGCAGCUGCUAUAUGCAAAGGAAAUGUAGAAGGUACAUGAUUUGAUGCAUAUUUAUAGUAUUGCAUCAGGUAACUCCCAGCUGUUAUGAACAUUGUUUUGAGUUAAUGAUAAAAGCUAAUGUAUUCCUAUUCGAUCAAGAGAUGGAUCAGCCUGCAUAGCCCAAA